UUCCCUUUCUCCUCUCUCCCUUCCAUUCUUCCAUGUCUUUUUCUUCCUUCCUCCUUUCCUUGCUUCCCUUCUUCCUUCCUUCCCACCCUCUCUCCCUAUUCCUUCCUUCACUCCCUCUCUUUUCCUUCCUUCCUUCCUUCCCUUUCUCCUCUCUCCCGUCCAUUCUUCCUUGUCUUUCUUCCUUCCUUCCUUUCCUUGCUUCCCUUUUUCUUUCCUUCCCACUCUCCCUCCCUAUUCCUUCCUUCCUUCCCUCCCUCUUUUUUCCUUCCUUCCUUCUCUUUCUCCUUUCUCCCAUCCAUUCUUCCUUGUCUUUUUCUUCCUUCCUCCUUUCCUUGCUUCCCUUCUUCCUUCCCACUCUCCCUCCCUAUUCCUUCCUUCCUUCCUUCCUUCCUUCCUUCCUUCCUUCCUUCCUUCCUUCCUUCUCUUUCUCCACUCUCCCUUCCAUUCUUCCAUGUCUUUUUCUUCCUUCCUUUCCUUGCUUCCCUCCUUUUUCCUCCCCCUUCCUCUCUCUUUCUCCUUCCUUCCAUCUCUUUUCCUUCCCUUCUUCCUUCCUUCCCUUCCAUUCUCCCAUGUCUUUUUCUUCCACCUUUCCUUCCCUCCUUUUUUCUCCCCCUUCCUCUCUCUUUCUCCUUCCUUCCAUCUUUUUUCCUUCCCUUCUUCCUUCCUUCCCUUCCCUUCUCCAUCCCUCCCUCUCCUUUCUCCUUUUUUUCUUCACUUUUACUCUCUCUGCCGAUAUUUUAACAUUCAGGGAUCCCGGGAAAAGAAAGGGGAAUCCGCUUUUGUGGCAUUUGAAUACGUCAUUGACCUCCUGACCGUCACCGAACCUCGACAUAUGACCAACAUUGCGAACAAAAUCCGGACGGAGGUUUUAUCUGUCCAUGAUAUGUAUCUUUUAUCGACUUUUCACCUGCCCCCCAAACAAGGUGGGGCCCUGUUUGGCCUUUACUACAAGAAGGAUAAUAGCCGAUGGUUUGAAGUCUCCGUGGUUGGCAAGACGAAUAAAGUUCUCAUCAGAUACUUACGUGCCGAUGGGAAACUCCACUCGGUCAACCUGCAGAAUUCCAACCUGUCGGAUGGACGUAGCCACACGCUUCUCCUGCGGGUCAGCGGCCUGAAGGCCAGCAGCCUGUCCUUGGAGCUGUAUGUGGAUUGCAAGCUGCUGGACUCUCAUACGGGGCUGCCCGAAAUGGCAUCGAUUGACCAGGAAAAACCCGAAGCCGUCGAAGUGAGAACUGGACAGAAAACGUAUCUUCGGAUGCAGGGGUCUCUGGAAUCGCUCAAACUGAUCCUCGGAGGGUCCCUCAGCCGCGUGGGAGCCUUGAGCGAAUGUCCGUUUCAAGAGGACGAAUCCAUGCAGAACACGGUAUCCAACGUGAUUAAUUCUCUCUUUGGUGAGCAGACGAAGGCUCUUGUUCGGCAACUGACGCUUUUCAACCAAAUUCUGAUGGAACUCCAAGAGGACGUGAGAGAUCAGGUCAAGGAAAUGUCUUUAAUACGGAACACCAUUAUGGAAUGCCAAGUAUGUGGGUUUCACGAACACCGGUCCCGUUGCAACCCGAACCCAUGUUUCCCCGGAGUUGACUGCAUGGAGACCUACGAAUAUCCGGGGUACCGUUGUGGGCCCUGUCCUCCUGGUUUUGAAGGCAACGGCACCCACUGCGCUGAUAUCAACGAGUGUUUGUUUGCGAACCCGUGUUUUGCCGGCUCCAAGUGCCUCAAUAUCGCGCCCGGGUUUCGUUGCGAGCCGUGUCCGCCCGGCUACAAAGGAAAUCUCGUCACAGGAGUUGGGGCCGAUUACGCCAAAGCCAGCAAACAGAUUUGCACGGACGUCGAUGAAUGCAACGACGGGAACAACGGAGGUUGUGACCCCAAUGCGAUUUGCACCAACACGGUGGGGUCUUUCAAAUGUGGGCCGUGUAAAUCCGGUUUUAUGGAGAAGGAGCCCGGCAACUGUACCCCCCAGAAGGCGUGUGAAAGUCCGAGUCACAAUCCUUGUGACGUCAACGGAUACUGCCUCUUCGAACGCAACGGUGAUGUUUCUUGUUCGUGCAACGUGGGUUGGGCCGGCAAUGGAAAUGUGUGCGGGCGAGACACCGACAUCGACGGUUAUCCAGACGAGCCGUUGCCCUGCAUCGACAAUCACAAACAUUGUUCACAGGACAACUGCCGGUUGACCCCUAACUCAGGACAGGAAGAUGCAGAUAAUGACGGCAUUGGUGAUCAGUGCGAUGAUGACGCCGACGGUGACGGGAUCAAGAAUGUGGAGGAUAAUUGUCGUCUCCUCCCCAACAAAGACCAGCAAAACUCGGAUACCGAUUCGUUCGGGGAUGCUUGUGACAAUUGCCCCAAUGUUCCGAACAACGAUCAAAAGGACACCGACCACAACGGGGAAGGGGAUGCGUGCGACAAUGACAUUGAUGGGGAUGGGAUUCCCAACGGGCUGGACAAUUGUCCGAAGGUACCCAACCCACUGCAGACUGACCGUGAUGAAGAUGGCGUUGGGGACGCUUGCGACAGCUGUCCAGAACUCAGCAAUCCAACUCAGACAGACAUGGACAGUGAUCUGGUGGGAGACGCUUGUGACACGAAUGAGGACAGAGACGGCGACGGUCACCAAGACUCCAAAGACAACUGUGCGGAAAUUCCUAACAGCUCGCAGCUGGAUUCAGAUAACGACGGGCAAGGCGAUGACUGUGAUAACGACGAUGACAAUGACGGGAUCCCCGACUACCUGCCUCCUGGGCCCGACAACUGCCGCCUGAUUGCUAAUCCCAACCAGAAAGACGUUGACGGCAACGGCGUGGGAGACGCCUGCGAGGAGGAUUUCGACAACGAUACGGUGGCCGAUCCGAUGGAUGUGUGUCCGGAGAGUUCAGAAGUGACAUUGACCGACUUCCGGGCUUAUCAGACGGUCAUCUUGGACCCUGAGGGAGAUGCUCAAAUCGAUCCCAACUGGGUUGUCCUUAACCAGGGUAUGGAAAUUGUCCAAACCAUGAACAGCGAUCCGGGCUUGGCUGUAGGAUACACGGCAUUCAACGGGGUGGAUUUUGAAGGCACUUUCCACGUCAACACCGUGACCGAUGACGAUUACGCCGGCUUUAUCUUCGCCUACCAAGACAGCGCCAGUUUUUACGUGGUCAUGUGGAAACAAACCGAACAGACCUACUGGCAGGCCACGCCUUUCCGGGCCGUGGCUGAGCCCAGCCUGCAGCUCAAGGCGGUAAAAUCGGAAACGGGGCCCGGUGAAUAUCUGCGCAAUGCCUUGUGGCACACGGGCCACACGCCAGGCCACGUCAAGCUGCUGUGGAAGGACCCUCGCAACGUGGGGUGGAAGGAUAAAACCUCGUAUCGUUGGCGUCUCUUGCACAGACCCCAAGUGGGGUACAUCCGGGUGCUGCUCUACGAAGGACCCCAGCUUGUAGCCGACUCUGGGGUGGUCAUCGACACCACGAUGCGGGGAGGGCGCCUGGGCGUCUUCUGUUUUUCUCAAGAGAACAUCAUUUGGUCCAACCUGCAAUAUCGGUGCAACGAUACGGUCCCCGUCGACUUCGAACCGUACCGGCGGAUUUUACUAGAACAACCUUAAAAAACACGAAACGUUGCCCCCCCCAAAGGAUUUUGAGGGGGGGGCGGAAUCUCUCACCCUCAGGUGAUCCACCCGUUUGGCGAGCCAUUCAAUUCUAUGCUGGAUCGAAUAAAAAAAAAACACCUUCAAAUCA